UCAUUCUGAAUUUGUCUUCAAAAAGUCGUUCAAGUCUAAAUUUAAUUAAUCUAGCCGCUCUUGGAAAAACUGAUGAUGUACGAUUGUUUGGUUAUGAGAGGUUCCUUGAGCCAUUGGUUAAAGAUAUAAAGACACUGGAACAGGUGGGGAUAUUUGUACCGGCUCUACAGCAGUACGUGAAAGGAACUGUGUUUUGUGUCUGUGCCGAUAACCUUGGAGCACACGGCCUUGCAGGCUUCCACGAAAGCUUCAUUGUUGAGAACUUUUGCAGAUUCUGUCUAAUCAGUCAUAAACAAAUUGCCAGCACUGAGCCUAGAGAUUUUCAGUUAAGAACCCCAGAACAACACAACUCUCUGCUGAAGGAACUUCAGAAUGAUGACCAGCUCCAUAGUUUGAAUGGUGUAAAAAAGGAGUGUGUUCUGAGCAAGCACUUAUCAUACUUUCAUUCAAUUACAGGAUUUCCUGCAGAUGUCUUGCAUGAUUUUUUUGAAGGGAUCAUCCCUGUUGAAUUAUCUCUGUGUCUGAAGGACUUGAUUUCAAAACGACACAUAUCACUUGAGGAACUGAAUAGUCGUAUCAAGUCAUUCCCCUACAAGUAUGCAGAUCGUGUAAAUAAACCACAGAAAAUUCCCAAAUCAAGCUUUGCAAAACGAACAAUCGGUGGCAAUGGACACGAGAAUUGGACCCUGUUGCGAUUACUCCCUCUCUUGAUUGGCAGCAGUGUCCCAGAAAAUGACCCUGCAUGGGAGAUUUUAAUGGACCUCAAGGACAUUGUGGAAUUGGUUGUAUCUACAAAGUUCUCAGAUGAGACAUUGAGCUAUUUGGAGAGUAAAAUAGCAGAACAUCGUAAAUUACUUACAGAGACUUUUCCUGAUUUCAGCAUACGACCAAAACAUCACUUUGUCGACCAUUACCCGCACCUGAUCCGCUGCUUUGGGCCGUUAGUGGAAUUAUGGACGAUUAGAUUCGAGGCAAAGCACAGUUUCUUUAAAAAAGUUGUGCACGAUACCCACAAUUUCAAGAACGUGCUUCUCUCACUUGCAACAAAGCAUCAGCAAAUGUUAGCUUUUUUUCUAGAGGGACACUCUCUGUUCAAGCCACAGUUAUAUGUCGAGAGUCUCAAAGUGGUUGAGACAGGUUCAUUAGAUACAACACUGAGGGCAGCAGUCACAAAAAUGUAUCCUCAACAGAAAACAGUUUCUUUAAGUUCUGAUGUACGCCUACAAGGUGUGCGAUAUGUUAAAGACAUGAUCAUUUCUGCUGGGCAGUGCAGUGGUUUGCCAGAAUUUUAUAGGAUUGUCAGCAUUAUGAUUGUUGACAACAGUGUAUCAUUUAUCUCUCACAAACUUUCAUCUUGGUAUUUGGAACAUUACAGGUCCUUCGAGCUUGUUGAAAACAUAUGUCCAGAGAUAGAGAUUUUGGAUCCUGAGUCUUUGAAUGAUCUCGGUCCACUGCAAGCAUAUAAAGUAGCAGGAAAACUCCUGGUAUCUCUGAAAGUCUUUCUUCUACAUUAAAAGAUAAUGUGGCUUCGGGUCAUCAUCUCACCCCAAAACAUUCGGAAGGUCCAACUUUCACAACUGCCUGACUCUGUGGACAGUUUAAAAGCAAAACUAAAAUCAAAGUUGGAGAUUCAGGAAGACUUUUUGCUACAAUAUGAGGACCCUGACUUUGGAAAUGAACUGUGCAAUUUAACAGACAUUUCUGAGCUGCCUGCUGAAAGGGCUGUUUUGAAAAUUGUGUGGGACCCAGAUUCAUCUGUGCUUAAACAGUCUGAUACACAAUCUGUUUCCUCUCUUGAUACUGCCAGUGUGUCAACGUCUUCCUCCCAGAGCUCUUCAGCCGUCGUUCAGAGCCACAUGAGAAGUACAUUGGAGUGGCCGUCACCUUUUCCAAUUCCUACUUUCUCGUAUGAUGUUGAAUUGAGGCUUCGCAGAGCAAAUGAGGCUUAUGAACAAACAAACAAGGCUUUAAGUGUACCAAGAGAAAUGAAGUCCCACAUCUUGGAGAAAAUUGCAGAGGCAGUAUUUGUUCUUAAAGCAUACCCACACACAGAGGAAAUUGAAACUGUUGCUUCUGCACUUGUGUUGAAACACCCCUGCCUUACAGAGCCAGGUAAAGGCAAAGGAUUUGAUGGGUGGAAAAUGAGCAUAAAAUUCAAACUUGGCAAUUACAGGUCCAAACUGCGAUCAGCUGGUUGCCAUGAAGUUAAUAUCAACAGGAAAAGAGGUGGGGGAGAUGGUGACGAUAAGAAAAUUCCUCUGAAAAAGGCCAAACGAGGAGAGGUUAAUUACUUACCAGAUCAUCCUGGAGGCCAGUCUGAUGAUACUCUGGAGGAGGAAAGACUCAUAUUGGUGGAGGAACUAAAGAAGAGGACUAAAGAUGCGAUCCUCAUCAGUCAGAAAAUGAGCCUGACAUUUUCACUUCGACGAAAAGAGAUUGUGGAAGGGGUGCCAAUGGUGUCUGAAGUGCUGGAACGAUGGCCUGCCCUGUCUCUUCCUAAUGAGAUAGGUAAUGAGUUUAAACGCAUUACCAAUGUGGACCUCCUGGAUACAUUCAAAUCUUCGUUACACCAACAUGCACCACAACUUCUGAAGUUGUACAGAGCAAGACAGGGGGCUUUUGGAAAAGAGAUGGAAGAUCUACUUAACAAGCUUGAUCAACAG